AUGUCUUCAACCACCCAACAACAACCGAUUAACUACCAAAAUCUUCCUGUUGCCUAUGGCGUGUUUACGGGGUUGUGGUUAGCAGCAGGGUUAGCCUGGAUUGCGCAUGUUGCAUACUAUUAUUAUGUUAAAAAGAUCAGUCUUUCUCUUCAUCGGAUCAUCAUAUUAGUUCCUCUUGCUAAACUUUUUCAUACAUCAACUUCAAUUUAUUUAUUUUAUGAUUGUGCACAUAAUGAGAAAAAUCAAUGUACUGUUACUCCUACGAUUUUAGCCAAUAUUGCAAAUGUUGUUUUCAAUGUUUGCUUAUUCGGUGCUUUAUUGUAUUUAGCAAAGGGUGUUUCAAUAACACGGACAUCUAUAGAAGCCUCGGAAAAACGUUCAAUGAUAUGGAAUUUAAUUUGUUUAGCGUUAUGUGAGGUUGCCAAAGUUUUUAAUGUAUUCUUCAUUUUUCCUCUAUUUGUCAUAUAUGUGAUAAUAUUUGGUCACGCACUCUCAUCAAUUGGAAUGAAUAUCAAAUUAUUGGAUCACCGAUAUAUGGAAGUAGAAGUUCCUUUGAUAUUACAAGUGAACAUUAUGAAAUCUCCAACUUUCAUGAAAAUGAACUUAUUCAAAAAGCUCCGAUUCCUACUGUUUCUGUUUUUAGGAUCUUAUGUUGCCAUCUUUGCAUUGAUGGUGGUGUUCAUGUUUGCUGGAGAAAUGCAAAACGAUUUUUGGAUUCAAGUUGUUGCUUCAGAGGCACUGCAAUUCACCGUUUGUUGCUUGGUUUCUCUACUGAUACGAAUCAGAGAUUUCUCAGAAUAUCAACAAAUCGAUGACCAAGUGGAACGAUUGAGACAAGAGCGUCAACAGAGAGCAAGAAACGAUAUUCGAGAUUUGCUGCGAAACAUUACAACAGCUCCACCAAGCGAUGAGACAGAACGCAAAACAGUCAAGUUUGCAACAAAAACAAACCCAAUCACUAAUGCAUCAUGUUUGUGUCUGAUUGAAAAUCCAGCGUCAAAAGAAAAUAUUCAAGGAAAAUAUGCCCUUGCUGUGGAAGCUCAAUAA